CAUAUACUAUAAAAAAAACUCUGAGUCAGUCUUCUAAUGUGUCAUUAGCAGCCCGGGGAUGGCCUACGUCAUUUACCAUGGUAACAGCUCGGAAGGGAACUGUACUGACGUGGACCAGCUGAUGAAGCGCUACUACCUGCCCGUCAUGUACGGCCUCAUCUUUAUCGUGGGCCUGGUGGGCAACGUCACCUCUCUGCUGGUCUACUUUACCAAGCUGCGUCCAUGGCGGAGCAGCAGCGUGAUCAUGGUGAACCUGGCGUCCACGGACCUCCUCUACGUGUGCAGCAUGCCUUUCCUGGUGUACUACUACACACGCGGUGACUCGUGGACGCUGGGCUCCUUCAUGUGCCGCUUCGUGCGCUUCGGCUUCCACUUCAACCUCUACGGCAGCAUCCUCUUCCUCACCUGCCUGGCCAUCUUCCGCUACGUGGCCGUGGUGCACCCGCUGCUGGCGUCGGAGAUCCAGCGCGCGCGCUGGGGGGUGCUGGCGUGCGUGGCGGUCUGGGUGUUUGCUGCGGCCCAGAUCGCGCCCAUGCUCACCAUGAUCACCAUGGUGGAGUUCAACAACAAGACCUACUGCCUGGACUUCGCCAGCAACGACCCCGAGCAGCUGUGGUGGUACGGCUGGCUGCUGACCGUGCUGGGCUACCUGCUCCCCCUGGUGGUGGUGUCGCGGGCGGCUACAUCUGCAUCGCGCCAGCUGGCCAGCGGGUCGCGCACCGCCUUGAAAGCGAUGGACGUCUUGGCGCCGCGCCGCCUCAUCGCCGUGGUCAUGGUGUGCUUCGUGGUCUGCUUCCUGCCCUACCACGUGCUCCGCGUGCUGCGGGUGCACACGCGCCGCAGACUGGACUCGCCCUGCCUCCUGGACCGCUGGGUGCACGCCGUCUACAUCAUCUCGCGGCCGCUGGCCGCCCUCAACACUGUGUUCAACCUUGUGCUCUACACGCUCGCCGGUGACCGCUUCCAGGUGGCCUUCGAGAGCCUGUUCAAGUGCCAGCAGUGUCUGCCCAAAGCCAAGAAGCGCAUCAAUCUAGCGGUGAUCAGCAAAGCCACCUCCAACACACCAAAGGAGACUGACACAGACAGCACCAGAUAGGGGAAUAAAAUAUCAAUACAAGCAAAUGGACUGGCUGUGUUAGCUUGCGUGCAUUCAACUCUAUCUAUCAAAGCUGCUCAUUCAACUCUAUCAAAGCUGCUCAUUAAUGUGUAAGUGAGCGUGAAAAACAUCAGGUGCACACAGUGGGGUUGGUAUUAGUGUGGGAUCACUAGCUUAACUGAUUUGUAAUGGCAUCAUGUGUGUGGUCAAAAAACACUAAUGUUCCAAAACAGUUUG